AGCGAUAAAGAGGCGCCCCAAUGUUAUCUCUCGAGGGCAUGGCCAUGGCCGCGGCUGAAAGAGAGCUGAUAACGGCUGUUCUCCCACAUGCUAUUCCGUCAUUAGUGCCGUUCAUCGUCGACUGACUUUCCGCCAUGAGCAGCCAUGUGGCGCAUCUGGCGCCUUCGUUUACACGCCCUUUUCCGGGUCUUAUCGCUCAGAUUAUCUCAUGGCGCAUGUUGCUCGUGUGUGUCGCGCGAUGAUAUAAAAGAUUGACAAGGCCGCUAAAUCGUCAGGGUCGUAGAUUGUAAUAGACACAGUAGCUUUUCUCUGCCGUUAGGUGAAGCCACACAACUCAGAGCGUCCAACGCAACUCACUGUGAGCUUCUCGCUUGAACUCGAGUCAACCAUCAAUUCACCCAGACAACAACACCGCCCUUACUCUCAUGGCGGCUGAAGUAUCCCACGGCCGCGGCGGAGCGGGAAACAUAGAGCCCGAUGAGACUAAAUACGUCGACGGCGAAGUGGUGCGAUCCGGAGAGGUGGGCAGUCAUGGCGAUGGCGCAUUCAGUGCCGGCCGAGGAGGCGCCGGCAACAUCACCGAUAUCGGAACCACAUCGGCUCAGCGCAAAGAUACAGAUUUCGUCCCCGAGGCUGCUGUGAGAGCAAGCCAGGAUGUCCAGGGGUAUCACACGGGUCGUGGCGGCGCAGGCAAUGAGCAUCAUGCCGAGGGGGAGCAUGCUGAUGCGAAGCCUCGCCCCAAAGCGCCGGUUGGGCUGGCGGAUAAGCUCAAGACAAAGUUGUUUGGCGCGUUCAAGCACUAAGUCUGCGAAGCCGUCGCAGUGCGAGAGAAAAGCAUUUGACCAUUCGGGGUGCUGAUGUUUUGGUUAUGGGUCUGGUCACCAUUGUUGGACAACACAUAUGAUAUCCCACUUGAGUUUCGUUUGCUUUAGAUGGCAGAUUGCUAUCACGACGCUGUCAGUCGCUAGAGAAUGACACCCGAUGCAAGAUAAUACGCAGAAUAAACUUUUCAGCCAAUAUGCGCCAUGCGUUCUAGCACAUAAGCCUGCCAGAGGUGAAUCGGGCAAGCGCAAGAUGAGCUGAUCGAGGCUGUAAUAAGCAUAUGUAUCUCUUCCUCUUUAGCUCUCUUUAUCUCUUCACCAGAGAUGUUGUUAAUACCUUUCCCCUUCUGGAGAUAUGCAAUCUACCGCACCUCCAUACUGUAGAGCAGUUGGUGACAUCUCACAGUCACAUAGUGGAUGCUGGCAGCAUCUUCAGAAGAUCACGCCAC